UCGGUUAUCUCUUUGCUCAUUACCGCUCCCUCAGGGCCCCUCCCGAGCCGCUUCUUCAAAAAUUUGUACAGUUUCAUCAGUCGGGCAAGCAUCAUCACAUAAGCCAGCAUGGUUCAAGUCUCCUUCCUUUAUCCUUCUCCGUCGGCCAUUCCUUCACGUCUGCUGGCUAAUCGGUGGCCUGGCACGAGCAGCUUUGACUCAUCGGCAAACACCUCGCAAGAAGUCACGAUGGUCUUCUUCUUCGUCGUCUCCUUGGUUGGGGCCUAUCAUCUCGCUCUUCUCUCCUUCUCCUUCGCACGCUUCAUCCUCAGCACCUUUCUCCUUCCCGGCGUCAGUCUGAGAAAGUACAAGGCUGUCGCGGGCAAGGGUAGCCCCGGCGCCGGUGCUGGUGCUGCGGACUCUUCUUGGGCAAUCGUAACCGGCGCUUCUGAUGGCAUUGGUGCGGAAUUCGCCAAGCAGCUGGCGAAGAAGGGCUUCAAUGUGGUCCUGGCCAGCAGGACGGAGUCCAAGCUGCGCUCAUUGGCCAGCGAGAUAGCUGCAUCGUCUCCUUCUGUCGAGACCAAAGUGGUGACCAUCGACUUUGCCACUGCUGGCGCAAAGGCUGAGAAGGGAUGGGCCGACCUCAAGAGUGCAGCGGAGGGCCUCGACGUUGGUGUGCUUGUCAACAACGUUGGCGUAUCCCACUCGAUGCCGGUGCCAUUCGCGGAGACCUCGGAUGCCGAGAUCGACUCGAUUGUCAAUGUCAAUAUCUCGUCUUUGCUCAAGGUCACCAAGCUGGUUCUGCCUGGCAUGCAAAAAAGACGAAGAGGACUCAUUCUCAAUCUUGGCAGCUUUGCAGGCCAAUACCCUACACCUCUGCUUGCCACCUACUCUGGCUCCAAGUCCUUCCUGAUUUCCUGGUCUCAAGCUCUUGGGGCUGAGCAACAAGGAUUGCGUACAGGAGUCGAUGUCGUCGCUCUCAACACAUACUUUGUGGUGAGCGCCAUGUCUAAGAUCCGCAAGUCUAGCUUCUUGGUCCCCACCCCAAAGCAGUACGUUUCGAGCGUGCUCGGCAAAAUCGGAAACAGUGGAGGAGCUGGCGGUCGACCUUUCAGCGCCACACUUUGGCCAGCUCACGCCAUGGUCGAUUGGGCACUCGCCAACUUGCUCCCCAGUGAAGGCUGGCUCCUAGACUACUCUUUUGGCCAGUCCCUGUCCACUCGAAAAAGAGCGCUGCGCAAAGCUGAACGCGAGAGCAAGGCUCAGUAGAUCCCGCAGCAGAUGUUACAGGAGCUUCACAGCGCUCGAUGGUUCCGGGGCUAAGCUUCGGCCGCGAUCGCAUUGACUCGCGCAUGAUGAUGCAGCGACCUUCAGAUGGAGCCUAUCCCUCGGA